AUGAUGAAACAAGCUCGCACUUUGCUCUCCAGGAGCCUUUGUGACCAAAGCAACUCACUUUUCGCUUCUUCGACCUUGCGUGGUUUUGCAACCUGGACAGAUUCUUCUCCUACCACUGGACGUGAUGCCGCAAAGCCUAGUGGUCGAGUGUUCGCACCCUAUGCUAUCUUCAAAGGAAAAGCUGCACUCUCUGUUGAACCUUGUCUCCCCACUUUCACCAAAAUCGAGCCUGGAAAUCUCCGGAUAGAUCGUCGUGGAUCCGUGAUGAUGACUUUUAUGCCUUCUGUUGGUGAACGCAAGUAUGAUUGGGGAAAGAAACAGUUGUUUGCUUUGUCAGCUACGGAAGUUGGAUCGUUGAUCAGUAUGGGUUCUAGUGAUAGCUCUGAGUUUUUCCAUGACCCUUCCAUGAAAUCAAGUAAUGCUGGCCAAGUGAGGAAGUCAUUGUCGAUUAAGCCACUCGCAGAUGGUAGCGGCUACUUCUUCUCAUUGACUGUUAACAAUAGCCUCCUCAAUACCAAUGACCGUAUUGUGGUUCCCGUCACAAAAGCUGAAUUUGCAGUGAUGAAGACAGCUUUUAGUUUUGCCCUUCCACACAUCUUGGGCUGGGGUCGGCUAACCAGUCAAGUUGGUACUGCAGCGCAGGGGAUUACUUUACAUCCAAAGACUGAUCCAAUGCAGUUGGAGCUGGAGUGGGUUAAAUGA